AUGGCAAUGAAACUGAACGUUCAAAAAGAUCCUACAGGUCUAUCCAUAAGUUUUCACGCAAGGUCCUCUAGAUUUUAUUACCAAUGGCUUUUUAACUUCAUAAUAUGGGCCAGUUUACAAAUUGUUGGUUAUAUCCUAAUAUGUAACUACUUUCUUGGCAUGGAUGCACUGUUUGCAAAAAUAAUAUAUUCAAUCGUGACAUUACUACUGAUUAGAGCUCCUACAAUUGAUUCAUUCUACGUUUUCAAAGAUUAUGGUGUGCAACUUAAAACGUCUAAGGGAUGUAUUCUUCUGCCUGAGUUCUUAAACUGCAAAAUAUUUGAUACUACAAUAUUUAUACCAAAUGAUGAGAUAGUAGAUGUUGUAAUUAAUGAAGGAUUCCAAGGUCUCUCAGUUAUAUUUUAUUUAUGUGUCAUUGUCAAGAAAUCGAAGGUACUUAAGUUGGUGUUUCCAGUAUGUGAGUAUACUUAG